ACAGAAGAAAAGCUUGGCCAGGCUGAGAAGACAGAAUUGGAUGCUCACUUAGAGAACCUCCUUAGCAAAGCUGAAUGUACCAAAAUAUGGACAGAGAAAAUAAUGAAACAAACUGAAGUCUUAUUGCAACCAAAUCCAAAUGCCAGGAUAGAAGAAUUUGUUUAUGAGAAACUGGAUAGAAAAGCUCCAAGUCGUGUAAACAACCCAGAACUUUUGGGACAAUAUAUGAUUGAUGCAGGGACUGAGUUUGGCCCAGGAACAGCUUAUGGUAAUGCCCUCAUUAAAUGUGGAGAAACCCAAAAAAGAAUUGGAACAGCUGACAGAGAGCUGAUUCAAACAUCAGCCUUAAAUUUUCUCACUCCUUUAAGAAACUUUAUAGAAGGAGAUUACAAAACAAUUGCUAAAGAAAGGAAACUAUUGCAAAAUAAGAGACUGGAUUUGGAUGCUGCAAAAACCAGACUAAAAAAGGCAAAAGCUGCAGAAACUAGGAAUUCACAACUAAACUCAGCUCGCCUUGAAGGAGAUAACAUUAUGGUAAAUUUCUCUUACAUGCUCAACUUCCUGCAUGUAAAAUGGCUGAAGAUUUGGGCAGAGGAAGUGACAAAAUCUGAACAGGAAUUAAGAAUAACUCAAAGUGAAUUUGAUCGUCAAGCAGAGAUUACCAGACUUCUGCUAGAGGGAAUCAGCAGUACACAUGCCCAUCACCUUCGCUGUCUGAAUGACUUUGUAGAAGCCCAGAUGACUUACUAUGCACAGUGUUAUCAGUACAUGUUGGACCUCCAGAAACAACUGGGAAGUUUUCCAUCCAAUUAUCUUUGUAACAACAAUCAGACUGCUGUGACACCUGCACCAUCCGUUUUACCAAAUGCGAUUGGUUCUUCUUCCAUGGCUCCAACAAGUGGCCUCGUAAUCACCUCUCCUUCCAACCUCAAUGACCUGAAGGAGUGUAGUGGCAGCAGGAAGGCCAGGGUUCUCUAUGAUUAUGAUGCUGCAAACAGUACUGAAUUGUCACUUCUGGCAGACGAGGUGAUCACUGUGUUCAGUGUCGUUGGAAUGGAUUCAGACUGGCUUAUGGGGGAAAGGGGAAAUCAGAAGGGCAAGGUGCCAAUUACCUACUUAGAACUGCUCAAUUAAAAAGGUGGACUACGGAAAGAUUUCCAUCAUGACAUUGUAUUUAUAUACAGUUAACUCUAAAUAAAAACAGAUUUAAGUAUCCUCCAUGUUAAUGUCUUACGGGACUGAAAAGAAAAUACCAGCCAUCAGAAACUGACCUUUCACCAAUAAAGUUGCAUGGUAGAUAUUUCAUUACAGAAUUUAUGUUAGAGCUUUCGUGCCAAGAAUGUUUUCUUAAAAAUUAUCUUUUUACUGAGGUUCCACUAAUAAGCAGCUUCUACUUUUAAGCCUCAACUUAAAGCAGAAGAACUGUUUUCUACUGAAUUUUUCAUUAACAGCAAGCUUUUUCUUUUAUGUAAAAUAAAUCUAUUGUGAAUUUA